AUGGAAUCGCCUCAGCUGGACACUCGCCCCAUCUUCUCGAGGCGUUCGACUGGCUCCUCCAAGUCGCUCUCACUCGACCUCUCCUCCCUGCCGCCUCUGAUCCCGCCAACGCCGCCCACAAAUACCCUUCUCUUCACAAACCUCAAUGAUACCUCCAUCUUUCGCCCCGACAACCUGCAGACCAUUCGCGACCUCGUUCUGAAGACGGCGCCCGUCCACUCAUGGGCGCCUCUGAAGUCUUUCCGCCGCAUCGUGGUCUCCUUCUUCUCAGAGGACGACGCUAUCGCCGUCCGCCGCAUCUGGGACGGUGAAGCCGUCAUGGGCGAGCGAGUCCGUGUCUACUUCGGCCAGUCCACGCCCGUCGAGGUCACCGACCGCCACCUCGCACUGCCCGACGCUGGAAAGCUCUUCUUUAUUUCUCCCCCUCCCUCGCCGCCUCACGGCUGGGAGAUGAAGCUGGAAGAUGCUCCCAACAAGAUGGUCCAUGCAGAGGAUCUCGCCGACGCGCUGGCCAAGCUCCACCACCGCCCAACGGGCAUUGAGACCCCCAUCAGCCCCGUCGACGGCUCGAGACAAACACGCAGCAGGAGCUCUACUCUGCUGUACCAACCCGACGUCAACGGGACUAGCCCCGAUCUGCCCGCUAUCUGCCUAGAGGACAUGACCGACGAGCCUAUGGAGUUCAGCCCCAUCGAGCCGAAGCCCAUCAUGGCGCAUACUUCCCGCCCGCCCGUCGAGCUGAUGCACCACGCAUAA